UUUAAAAAAUUUCCUUGGUAACGUUUCGUCUAAAUUAAAAAAAUUAUUUCAAUUACUUAAAUUAUUCUCGCAAUUUUAUAGAGAUUAAAGAAAAAAAAACAUUUAAGCUCAUGAUUUUUUAUAUUCGAGUGCAAUUUCAUAUAAACAGCUGAAACCGUCUAGUCUUUCAGUGACGUUUCCAUGUUUUCAGUAUUCAAGAUGGCGAUUGGGAGCAAAAUGCGUUAAGAAGUGUUCUACUCAUUAUUUUAAUUAACUCAUUGAUAUAACACAUAUUUUUAAUUUAAAUAAUUGUUUUUAUAUUUAGUUUUUAUAUUUAAUCGCCUGAUACUGUGAUAUCAUAAAUAAUACAGCUAUGAAGCGUGUUAUUUUAUUUAAGAAUGGUACAGAAGUCAAUGGCAAGGUGUUAAUGGUGACACAUUCAAUUGAAGAAUUAUUAAAAGCAGCUAGUACGAAGUUCAAUAUAACAGCAAAAAGAGUCUUUACUCCUCAAGGCGGGGAAGUAGAUGACAUUAAAUUAAUAAGGGAUGACGAUAUUUUAUAUGUGUCAUGUGGAGAGGAGUUCAUUGCAAAAGAUAAUAAUUUAAUGAGAAAAAACGAUGACUGGGUGACGCUUAACGUAGGUGGUAAACUAUUCACUACUACUCGAAGCACAUUAACCCAUAAAGAACCGAUGAGUAUGUUAGCUAGAAUGUUUACUGAAAAAGAUGACACAGAUGAAUUCCGAAUAUCACCUAGUAAGCAAGAUAGUAAUGGUGCUUUCCUGAUAGACAGAAGUUCUUUAUACUUUGAGCCACUUUUAAAUUAUCUUCGACAUGGUCAACUCAUCCUAGAUGCUAAUAUCAGUGCAGCAGGAGUACUAGAAGAAGCUCGGUUUUACCGAAUAGAAGGUGUUAUUAGUACAUUAGAAGAAAUGGUAGCAGAAGAAGGAACAAAACGAAAAGGUACUGAGGCUUUAACUCGUCGAGAUGUAUUGAAAGCAAUUAUGUCUACUUCACCAACAUCAGAAUUACGGUUCCAAGGUGUAAAUCUAGCUGGCGCUGAUUUAUCUCGUUUGGAUUUACGAAAUAUCAAUUUUAAAUAUGCAAAUCUACGUGGAUGUAAUUUGGUCGGUGCUAAUCUGUCAGGAUGUUGCUUGGAGCGAGCGGAUUUGUCUUUUGCAAAUCUCGAGAACGCUCAACUAGUGUGCGUGAAGAUGCUGUGUGCUAAUCUUGAAGCAGCAAAUUUACAUUCCUGUAAUUUCGAGGAUCCUAACGGUCUGUCAGCCAAUAUGGAAGGUGUCAACCUCAAGGGCGCUAAUCUGGAAGGUAGCAACAUGGCAGCUGUUAAUCUGCGAGUUGCUACUUUAAAAAAUGCUAUUUUAAAGAACUGUGAUCUUAGAUGGGCUGUACUUGCUGGUGCAGAUCUAGAGUCAUGUGAUUUAUCUGGCUCCGAUUUGCAAGAAGCAAAUCUCCGUGGUGCCAACUGGAAAAAUGCGGCCUUUGAGCUCAUGCAAACCCCUUUGCACAUGUCACAGACAGUGCGAUGAUAAUUAUUGUGAUAUCUAUAGACUUUGAGGCAACGUUACUUCAUUAUUGCUUAUAUUUAAUGGCCUGUAAAUGGUUAAUUACUACUAAAAGUGGAACUUAUCAACUAUUUAUAUUUGAUAAGUAUUAACCCGGAUAUUUAUUCUGAAAUGUAUUACAUUGGAAUUAAAAAGCACACUGGAAUAUAAAUUAUUUAUAUAGUAAAUUAUAUAAUAUAAUGAAUAAUGUAUUUUUAUGAUGGUAUUAAUAGUAUACGUCAAAAUGUAUCGUUAAUACCUGAAAAAUUGUACAGUAAAUUUG